AUGGAGUCCGGCGCUAUUGUCCACAAAGAGGUCCCACGGAAGAGCCUGGCUGCGGAUGGACGUGUAGAUCACAUGAAGGAACAGGCUUUCAGGGCUCUCAAACUCAAACCCGACAAGUGGAACCGCUUUGUGUCCGCAGAGGAGAACCACAAGCUGUUGGUGGCCUUCCUGGAGACUCCAGAGUGCCAGAGGCUAUUCUUAUUUACUGGUCCUGGAGACACCCUGCGCGCUGGAGAUGACCAGAAAACGCCUAAGAAAAUUUCGACAACCAAUUUUAAACAAGAAGUUAUUAUGGGCGAGGUGUCCUACAUAGUUCUGGAGCAAGUGCCGAUUCUUAUCAGUGAUGUAAGUUCAGAGUAUCAAGACCUUUACGCUUUUCCUAUAUUGCUAACAGUUCUUUCAAAUCCCAAAAAUUAUACUGGCUGGCCAAGAGUGGUCUUGCAAGAUGUAAAAAGCCACAUCGAAAAGUUGAAAUGUAAAAUUCUGGAUUUACAAGGACUCGCAUCAGGGAGAACUUUCUUACCAUUGCCCACCUUUCUUGAGCGGUCGGAAGAAGACAUGGAUUUUAUGAGUCCUCAUGAAAGAAUUACUCUCCAUUCUAUGGAAACGUUGGUGAUCCAAUGGACGCAUCAGAUCACUGAUGUCCUGAAGCGAGACUCAGCACACAAGAUUUUACAGGGAGAGCACCCAGGUCCUGCCACUGAAUUAGAAUUUUGGUUGAUGCAAAAAGAAGAUUUACUUGGUGUUCACAGUCAGUUACAGAAUCCAGAAAUUCAGAAAGUGGUUGGUAUCUUGCAAUCAAAAAGAAGCAGCUAUUAUAGUAGUUUUAUGGAUCUGAUCUCCAGAGCAGAAGAAGCAUUUUCCGAGGCUCUGGAUAUUGAAUUGCAUCUUAGGCCUUUGAGAUUUUACAUUGCCCAUUUGGAGGAAUCAAACUUUGCAGACAUUGAAGGCUUUUUCAGGCCUCUGUUCCAUACUUUCUGUCUCAUAUGGACUCAUUCCAGAUAUUAUUGCUAUCCUGGUCGAAUAAUUGUUCUUCUCCAGGAAUUCUGCAAUCUACUUAUUGAUCGGGCUAUAAAUUUCCUAAUUCCUGAAGAGAUUUUCAAAAUGGAGCUAGAAGAAGGAUUGGAAAGGGUACAGCAAACAGUUAAGAUGUUUCAUUCUUUUAAGAAUACAUUCACAAUAUACAAAGACAAAAUCUCCUGCCAGGCUGCUUCUAACAAAAGCAUAAAAGUGUGGGACUUCCCAUCGAACCUGGUAUUUUUUCGAUUUGAUCGUAUUCUGGAAAGACUACUGUACAUAGAGGACUUAUUUACAGCGGCCAUAAAUUUCUUAAAACUUGAAAAAAUUGAAAUUGGUGGAUUUAGAGGAAAGAUUCUUAGUGAGGAAAUCCACAUUAUGAGUGAAGAAUCAAAUGAAAUUUGGCGCCUUUUACAGGAAAGCAAAUAUGAUCCUCUUGACUACACAGACAUGGGAUUUCUGUCAGACUUUACGAAAUACAGCCAUAAAAUAAAUGACUUUGACCAUCACAUCGCCAGGAUUUUGAACUUGGCGUUCGAGGAGUCUAACGGCCUUGAAUCCGCUUUUAAGAUCCUGCAAAUCUUCGGUGGACUUCUAAAGCGACCUGUGAUUCAUUCUCUGUUUUGCCCAAAUUAUGUUAAGCUUCUUUCAAUGUUUGAGAUGGAAAUUAACUGUUGCAAGGAGAUAUUUCAUAACCAAAAGGAAAAAUGGAAUGAUGGACACAGUAUACUUCACAAAAAUAUGCCAGUAACCGCUGGAAACUUAAAAUGGUCUCAGGAGUUAAGGGAAAGAUUAUCAAACCACAGAUCAUCAUUCAAACAGAUGAAUAACAGAGCACUACAAAGUGAUGAAGCAAACCUGAUCUUUGAGAAAUAUGAUAAGUUCAUGGAACUUUUAGAUGAACAUGAUAAGGAAACGUACAGAAUCUGGACACAGGAUCUCCUAGCGAUGUGCGAGUCCUAUUUAAACCAACCAAUCCUCAAGUGUGAUGAUGAUGGACUUAUUAAAACAAACUUUAAUCCACAGUUGACAGCUGUUCUUCGUGAAGUGAAAUAUCUUGAGUUUAUGAACAUGUCUAACAUUCCGGAUGUGGCAAAAGCAUUAUACGUUCAAAGAAAGACUCUGAAUAAGUAUACAACAAACCUGGAUCUCAUAACGAAAUGGUUCAACAGUUUGCAAAAGUCAAUCUUGCAAGAGGAAAGAGACCUUAUACUUGACCAGCUCAAGGCUAUUGAUGAAAAGCUGGAACCAUCAUUAGCUCUGCUGACAUGGCAGGUAGAGGAUCUGGAACGUUAUAUAGAAGAGGCUAAAGAGCUUGUGUACAACGCACAUAGCAGAGUUUCAAAAGCGAAACAAAAUGUGGAGAUGAUGCAAAGUCUGAUGGACAGAUUGAAUGGAAAUUCAUUUGUUAUGAGAAAGAAUGGAAAAAUCCCUUUACUUCUAGUACGCGGAGAGAAAGGGAGCACACAUAAACUCCACAUCACGGCAAAGGAUGUUGGACAAAAGAUACAAGAACUUCUUCAGCACAAUCAGCAGGUGUUUGAGGCAGAACCUCUGUCGGAUAAAUGGAGAGCAUACACGGAGUACAUAGACCGCAUGAUUUUAGAAGGACUGUGCAAAGCUGUGAAGUGUUCACUUCAGUACUUGAUUGAGAACACAGAGUCAUCACUUAAAACUGCCCCUUUGUUUGAAGUAGAGCUUGUCCUUAAUGGAAGCGAAAUGACUUUUAUGCCUUCCUUGAACCCAAAAAUAAGUGGCAAUUUUUCCAACAUUAUAGUGAAUUUACUUAAAGACGUAUAUCAAAUUGCAUCCUGUAUACCACGGGUCGCUGAACAUCUUGGAAAACCAACAUACCAGCAAGAUGUUGAUGAGAUGGAGGCGCUGAAAGAAAUGCAUCGGGAGAUUAUAAGCAGGGUGCAUUCGACCAUUGUUAAUGUGAAAGAGUAUCAGAGAUACUUAAAAAAGUACAGCUAUUUGUGGAUGGAUGAUAAAACGGAAUUCAUGAAGCAAUUCCUCCUGUACGGUCGGUUUCUUAGCACCGAGGAGAUGGAAUUAUAUGCAGAUUAUGAACUGCAAAAAUGUUCACCACAGUUAGAGCACUUCAAGAAACAGAUCAACUUUUAUGAAUCCCUAUUUUGUGAAGUUGGGGACUUAGAAAAUGAGAAGACUUUUAACGGUUGGCUCAGAGUAAAUGUGAAACCUUUUAAACUUUCACUGAUGAAUGUUAUCAAGAAAUGGAGCUGGAUGUUUCAGAAUCAUUUGCUGAACCAUGUAACCUGCAGUGUUAAUGAGCUGGAAGAAUUUAUCGAACAUACCGAGAAAGGCUUGGCUAAAAAAGUUAAAGGUGAAAACUAUUCUGUACUACGGGAGAUCAUGGGUCACCUAAUGGCAAUUCGGGACCGACAAUCCACCGAUGAGGAUUUUCGGCAUUUAAAGGCUACAGCUGAGUUACUUCGAUGUUACGGACAGCUACUCCCUGAUCAGAUCUACUCACAGCUUGAAGAAUUGCCUGAAAGGUGGAAAAACCUGAAGAAAAUAGCGUUUCUAGUAAAGCAUGAAGUAUCUCCUUUGCAGUCCAAUGAAGUGUCUGUUAUCAGAAGGAAAUGCUUCGUUUUCGAGGUUAAACAGCAUGAGUUCCGAAAUCGUUUUAAAAAUGAAACCGUUUUUAGAUUUGAUGCAGAUGGGCCAUACAAGAACCUGGAUAAGACUCACAAAAAUAUAUCAAGACUCGAAGCUGAGAUGAAAACUCUUCAGAGCACAGCUGACUUGUUUGAAGUUAACGUUCCAGAAUACAAGCAGCUCCGGCAGUGUCGCUCCGAUAUCAUAUUACUGAAGUCUGUUUGGGAUAUGGUAAUAUUUGUACGGACGAGCAUUAAAGACUGGAUGAAAACACCAUGGAAACAGAUAAAUGUCGAACAAAUGGAUAUGGAGCUGAGAAGAUUUGCAAAGGAAAUGAAAACAUUAGACAAAGAGAUGAGGACUUGGGAUGUUUACUUGGGUCUGGAGUCCACAGUCAAGAACUUGCUAACAUCUCUGAGAGCUGUGAAUGAGUUACAGAAUCCUGCAGUCAGGAAAAGACACUGGCUUCAACUGAUGAGCAAGACUGGGGUAAGAUUUUUAAUGAAUGAAGAGACUGUCCUAGGAGAUCUUCUUGGGCUUCAGUUACACAGAGUGGAGGAUGAAGUUAGAACCAUAGUGGACAAAGCUGUGAAAGAAAUGGCAAUUGAAAAGGUUCUAGUGGAGAUGAAUCAAACUUGGAGCAUCAUGGAAUUUUCUUAUGAAAAACAUCACAGUGCUGGAACUCCCCUACUGAAAUCAGAUGAGAACUUAAUUGAGACACUCGAAGACAAUCAGGUUCAGCUCCAAAACAUUCUGAUGAGCAAAUAUGUCGAAUAUUUCCUAGUGGAGGUGAGCAGGUGGCAGAAAAAAUUAAUGGUUGCAGACAUGGUUAUUUCCGUUUGGCUAGAAGUCCAGCGGACCUGGGCUCACUUGGAGAGUAUAUUUGCCAACUCAGAAGAUAUCAGAAAACAACUUCCAGAAGAUGCCAAAAGAUUUGAAGGGAUUGAUUUUGAUUUCAAGGAUCUAAUGGUUAACGUUGUCAACACAAAAAUAGUCAUUGAUGUAACCAACCACCCUGGAUUUCUGGACAAGUUGGAAAUACUUCAACAAAGGCUUACACUCUGUGAAAAAUCAUUAGCAGACUACUUGGAAGCCAAGCGACUUAGGUUCCCACGGUUUUAUUUUGUUUCUUCCAUGGAUUUACUAGAAAUUAUUUCUAAAGGAACUCAACCUAAACAGGUGACAAAGCAUUUGCUGAAGUUGUUUGAUAAUAUUGCAGAUCUGAAAUUUGAAGAAGGUGAAUCAAAUGCCCAAUAUGCAGUUGGAAUGUACAGCAGAGAAGGGGAGUUUGUGUUCUUUACCAGACCUUGUUUGUGUGAAGGGCAGGCUGAAGGAUGGUUGGGUCACUUAGAAGAAACAAUGCGUUUAACUGUUCAGCAAGAGAUUAUGGAAGCUGUCACGGGAUAUGAGGACAAGCCCCGGGACCAGUGGAUGUUUGAUUAUUCUGCUCAGGUCGCCCUAACCGGCAGUCAGAUCUGGUGGGUAACCGAUGUGGAGAUUGCCUUUGAACGUCUUGAAGAAGGAUUUGAGACUGCGCUGAAGGAUUAUAACCGCAAGCAAAUCGCUCAACUGAAUGCCCUUAUAAACAUGCUCGUAGGGGAGCUCACCCCUGGCGAUCGUCAAAAGAUUAUGACAGUUUGCACAAUUGAUGUGCAUGCACGAGAUGUGGUAGCCAGGCUGAUUGCACAUAAGGUAUCAAAUGGUCAAGCAUUUGCUUGGCUCUCACAGCUACGCCAUAGAUGGGAUGAAAAACUAAAAGAAUGUUUAGUAAAUAUCUGCGAUGCUCAGUUCAAGUAUUCGUAUGAAUACCUUGGUAACACACCUCGGCUUGUGAUCACACCUCUCACUGACAGAUGCUAUAUCACCUUGACUCAGUCUCUUCACUUGUCUAUGAGUGGUGCACUCUCGGGUCCUGCUGGUACCGGAAAAACUGAAACCACCAAAGAUCUUGGUCGUUCCUUGGGAAUCAUGGUCUAUGUGUUUAAUUGCUCUGAACAAAUGGACUAUAAGUCCAUUGGGAAUAUCUACAAAGGCCUCUGUCAAACAGGAGUUUGGGGGUGCUUCGAUGAGUUUAAUCGUAUCUCUGUGGAAGUUUUGUCUGUAAUAGCAGUGCAAGUGAAGACAAUUCAAGAUGCGAUCCGCCAUAAAAAGAAAAGGUUUCAUUUUUUGGGAGAAACAAUUGAGCUCAAAACCACAGUUGGAAUCUUCAUUACUCUCAAUCCAGGAUAUGCCGGGAGAGCUGAACUUCCAGAAAACGUCAAGGCUCUGUUUCGCCCAUGUGCAAUGGUAAUUCCUGAUUUCGAACUGAUAUGUGAAAUAAUGCUGGUGGCUGAGGGUUUUGUCGAAGCAAGAAUCCUAGCGAGGAAGUUCAUCAGUCUGUACACAUUGUGCAGGCAGCUACUUUCAAAACAGGAUCAUUAUGAUUGGGGCCUGAGAGCUAUAAAAUCCGUCUUAGUUGUAGCUGGAUCUUUGAAGCGUGAAGACAGGAGCCGACCUGAAGAUCAGGUCUUGAUGAGAGCCCUGAGGGACUUUAAUCUUCCUAAAAUAGUAACCAACGAUGUUACAAUAUUCCUUGGUCUUAUCAAUGAUUUGUUUCCCUUGCUGGAAGUUCCCAGAAACAGAGAUGUGAAGUUGGAACAGAUGGUGCGCCAGUCCAUUGCAGAACUGUGCCUGCAGCCGGAGGAGAACUUCAUUCUGAAGAUUACGCAAUUAGAGGAACUACUAGCUGUCCGUCACUCGGUCUUUGUUGUGGGAAAUGCAGGUUCCGGAAAAAGCACGAUUCUUAAAACUUUACAUAAAACAUAUUUUAACAUGAAGUUAAAGCCCACGUGGAAUGACAUCAAUCCUAAAGCAGUAACUACUGAUGAGCUGUUUGGGUACCUUCACCCAUCCACAAGAGAAUGGAAGGAUGGAUUGUUUUCCUAUACAAUGAGAGAACUGUUUGCUGUUGCCCAUGAUGGCCCAAAGUGGAUUGUUCUGGAUGGAGAUAUCGAUCCGAUGUGGAUUGAGUCUUUGAACACAGUCAUGGACGAUAACAAGGUUUUAACGUUGGCUAGUAAUGAACGCAUCUCUUUGACGCCAUCCAUGCGGUUGCUUUUUGAAAUCAGCCAUCUUCGAGCGGCUACUCCAGCAACUGUAUCUAGAGCCGGGAUUCUUUAUGUCAACAGACAAGAUCUUGGUUGGAGUCCUUAUGUUACCAGCUGGAUUGAAACUCGUAGAGCACAGACAGAAAGGGCAAAUUUGACCAUAUUGUUUGAUAAGUACGUUCCUUACUGCUUGGAGCAAGUGCGAUGUAAUUUAAAAACUAUAACGCCAAUCCCAGAAAUCAGCAUGGUUCAGACACUAUGCUCUCUACUAGACUGCCUCCUUACUGCUGACAAUAUUCCUCCAGAUUCUCCCCGUGAACUAUACGAAAUUUAUUUUGUUUUUGCUUGUGUCUGGUCAUUUGGAGGAGCUCUCUUUCAAGAUCAGCUAAUUGAUUAUCGUUUGGAAUUUAGUAGAUGGUGGAAUAAAGAAAUGAGAACCAUUAAAUUCCCUUCGAGUGGCACAGUUUUUGAUUAUUUUAUUGAUCCUGAUACAAAGAAAUUCACUCCUUGGGCUGAGGGAAUUCCAGAGUUUGAAAUGGCUCCAGAUAUUCCUUUACAGACUGUCCUAGUGCACACAGCUGAAACCGUACGUCUGCGAUAUUUUUUGGAUUUACUGAUUGAAAAAGGGAAACCCAUAAUGUUGGUUGGCAAUGCUGGUGUUGGCAAAACUGUUCUGGUGUCUGACAAAUUUACACAAUUACCAGAAGAAUACAUGGUUGCCAAGGUACCAUUUAACUACUACACAACUUCUGCUAUGCUCCAACGUGUCCUAGAAAAGCCAUUAGAGAAGAAAGCUGGAAGAAACUAUUCUCCACCAGGAACAAAAAAACUGAUUUAUUUUAUAGACGACCUGAACAUGCCAGAAGUUGAUGCCUACAGCACCGUGCAGCCUCACACAUUAAUUAGACAGCAUCUUGAUUAUAGUCACUGGUAUGACAGACAGAAGUUAAUAGCGAAGGAAAUUCACAACUGUCAAUACAUAACAUGCAUGAAUCCCACUGCUGGAAGUUUUUCCAUUAAUCCCCGUCUUCAGAGGCAUUUCUCGGUGUUUGCUGUGCAUUUUCCUGGAUCAGAUGCCUUGAAUACCAUUUACGGCAGAAUUAUUAGUGCACAUUUUCAGAAUGGUGGUUUCAGCUACAGCGUACAGAAAUCCGUACCUACCCUCAUACAGGCGGCCAUCUGCCUGCACCACAAAAUGACCCAGAAUUUCCUUCCCACUGCAAUCAGAUUCCACUACAUGUUUAAUCUGAGGGAUCUGACCCACGUAUUUCAGGGAAUGCUUCUUGCGUCAUCUGAGAGCAUUCGGUUCUCUGGUGAUCUGGUUCACUUGUGGCUCCAUGAAUCUUCCAGAGUGUACUCUGAUAAACUAAUGGAAGAAAAGGACGUGGAACAUUUCAAAAAGGUCCUCAUUGAUACUACCAAAAGAUAUUUUGAGGGUGUUGAUGAGCAUAUAUUUAUACAUAAACCAUUAAUUUAUUGUCAUUUUGCUCAUGGUGUCGGGGAACCUCGUUAUUUCCCCGUGUCUGAUUGGGAAAAGCUGGUCAGAAUUUUAACAGAUGCGCUUGAGCACUACAACGAAAUUCAUGCCUCGAUGAAUCUUGUUCUCUUUGAAGAAGCCAUUCAACACAUCUGCCGGAUUAGCCGAAUUCUGGAGUUUCCCUAUGGCAAUGCUCUCUUAAUUGGUGUUGGAGGAAGUGGGAAGCAAAGCUUAUGUCGCUUGACAGCUUUUCUUUGCUCUCUUGAAGUUUUCCAAAUAACCCUUCGUAAAGGAUACAGCAUCAAUGAUCUCAGGAGUGAUAUAGCGGCACUAUACUUCAAAGUAGGGGUGAAGAAUAUUGGCACCGUCUUCCUGCACACAGAUGCCCAGAUCCCGGAUGAAAGAUUUCUUGUUCUAGUUAAUGACAUGCUGGCAUCGGGUGAUAUUCCUGAUCUUUUUAGUGAAGAUGAGAUAGACAGCAUUGUGUCUUCCAUAAGGAUGGAAUUGCGAGCUCUUGGCCAUCCGGACUCCAGAGAGAAUUGCUGGCAGUUUUUCAUCGACAGAAUACGCCGACAGCUGAAGGUUGUUUUGUGUUUUUCACCUGUUGGUUUCACAUUGAGAGCCAGGGCCAGAAAAUUCCCAGCCCUUGUAAAUUGCACGUCUAUCAACUGGUUUCACGCAUGGCCACAAGUGGCCCUUCAGUCCGUUAGCAGCAGUUUUAUCCAGAAACUAGAUGGAAUUGAUCAUAAUGUAAAAACCUCUAUCAGCCAGUUCAUAACAUUUGCCCAUACAAGUGUAAACGAAGUGAGUCUUAAAUAUCAGCAGAACGAAAGGCAUUAUAAUUACACCACCCCUAAAAGCUUCCUGGAGCUCAUUAAAUUGUAUUGGAAUCUUCUUGGAAGGAAAAGGAACGAGUUAGCCCAAAAAAUGGAAAGACUGGAGAAUGGAUUACAAAAGCUACAAAGUACUGCUUUUCAGGUAGAAGACCUGAAGUCUAAACUCGCUAUUCAAGAAGUGGAACUUCAUCAGAGAAACAGAGAUACAGAGGCGCUUAUUGCUAAAAUAGGACAACAAACUGAGAAACUGAACCAAGAGAAGUCCGUUGCAGAUGCAGAAGAACGCAAGAUUGCUGCAAUCCAGGCAGAAAUAACAAAACAGCAGCAAGAAUCAGCAAGUGACCUGGUAAAGGCAGAACCUGCCCUCCAAGCAGCCAAUGCAGCUCUGAACACCCUAAACCGGUUAAACCUUACAGAGCUGAGAACGUUUCCCAACCCACCAGUUCCUGUGACCAACGUGACUGCUGCUGUCCUUGUCCUUUUAUCUCCAAAUGGCAAAAUCCCUAAAGACCGAAGCUGGAAAGCUGCAAAAGUUUUAAUGAGUAAGGUGGACGAGUUCCUUCAGAAUCUGACUAACUUUGACAAAGCGCACAUUCCUGAUGCCACCGUCAAAGCCAUAAAAGAGGACUAUCUGAGCGACCCUGAGUUUAACCCAGAAUUUGUCCGCAUGAAAUCCUCAGCAGCUGCUGGUCUCUGCGCUUGGGUUAUUAAUAUUAUUAAAUUUCAUGAGGUUCACUGCGAAGUGGAUCUUAAGCGCCAAUCGCUCAUUCAAGCCAACAUGGAUUUAGCCUCAGCUGCAGAAAAGUUGGAAAUAAUCCAGAAAAAACUGGAAGAACUAGACACCAACCUGGCUGCCUUAACAACUGCAUUUGAAAGAGCCACAGCCGAGAAAAUCCGCUGUCAAGAAGAAGUGAACAGAACUAACAAGACCAUUGAGCUGGCCAACAGAUUAGUGAAAGGUCUAGAGUCCGAGAAUGUCCGAUGGGCUCAGUCUGUUGCUCUGUACCGUGAACAGGAAAAAACCUUGUGUGGAGAUGUUCUUCUCACUGCAUCUUUUAUCUCCUAUGCUGGAUCCUUCUCCAAAAAGUAUAGAUAUCAGCUUGUUGACCAUUUGUGGAUGCCCUACUUGGCAAGCCAGAAGUACCCCAUUCCUAUGACAGAAGGGCUUGAUCCCGUAACUAUGCUCACUGAUGACGCAACUAUUGCAAAGUGGAAUAACGAAGGUUUGCCUAGUGAUACCAUGUCCAUUCAAAAUGGCACUAUUCUCACAAACUGUGAACGGUGGCCUCUGAUGAUUGAUCCCCAGCUUCAAGGAAUUAAAUGGAUUAAAAGUCGAUAUGGAUCCAGAUUAAAAGUCGUUAACUUGGGCCAGAAAGGGUAUGUUGACAUCAUAGAGCAAGCAGUAGUUGCUGGAGACCCUGUUCUGAUAGAAAAUUUAGAAGAAAUCAUUGAUCCUGUGCUUGAUCCUUUGCUUGGAAGACAUACACUUAAAAAAGGAAGGUAUAUAAGAAUUGGGGAUAAAGAAUGUAAAUUUCAUCCCAAAUUUCGACUGAUUCUUCAUACUAAACUUGCUGAUCCUCAUUAUAAACCUGAAAUCCAAGCACAGACAACUUUAAUCAACUUUACUGUUACCCGUGACGGCUUGGAGGAUCAGCUUUUGGCUGAUGUGGUUAACCUGGAGAGGCCCGAUUUAGAACAGUUCAAGUCUGAGCUCACAAAGCAACAGAAUUAUUUUAAAAUAGAGCUGAAAAUGCUUGAGGAUGAAUUACUGACACGCCUAUCGGCAGCUGAAACUAAUUUCCUGGGGGACACACUCUUAGUGGAAAAGCUGGAAACCACAAAGCAUACAGCGGCAGAAAUAGAAAUGAAGGUGUUAGAAGCCAAAGUCAAUGAAGUGAAGAUCAAUGAAGCUCGGGAAAAUUACCGUCCUGUGGCAGCAAGAGCCUCCCUACUCUACUUUAUUGUGAAUGACCUGAAAAAAAUCAGCCCCAUGUAUCAGUUUUCCCUUAAGGCUUUUAAUAAUGUCUUUCACAAGGCUGUGCAGCAGGCAGAACCCGCCGAUGAUGUCCGAUUGAGAGUAAAUAAUCUUAUUGACUGUGUGACAUACUCAACGUUCAUAUACAUUAGCAGAGGUCUGUUUGAAAGAGAUAAAAUUACAUUCACUGCACAACUGGCAUUUCAGUUGUUAUUAAUGAAUAAAGAAAUUUCUGCUCAUGAACUUGACUUCCUACUACGCUUUAACAUUGACUACAUCUACCACAGCCCUUUGGAGUUUCUUUCCAAUUCAGCAUGGAGUGCAAUAAAGACAAUGAGUUUUAUGGAUGAAUUCCGAGGCUUAGACAGAGACAUUGAAGGAUCACCCAAGCGCUGGAAAAAGGUUGUUGAAUCAGAAUGUCCAGAGAGGGAGAGACUGCCACAAGAAUGGAAAACCAAGAGUUCUCUGCAGAAAAUGAUUAUGAUACGAGCUCUGAGACCUGAUCGAAUGACAUAUGCUGUCAGGAACUUUGUUGAAGAGAAACUGGGAGCCAAAUAUGUGGAAACACGAAAAACUGAGUUUGCAAAGUCAUUUGCGGAGAGUGGUCCUGCCAUGCCUAUUAUCUUUAUCCUAUCUCCUGGUGUUGAUCCAUUAAAAGACGUGGAAUUACUUGGAAACAAGCUCGGAUUUACGAUUGAUUCAGGAAAGCUUCACAAUGUAUCUUUGGGCCAAGGUCAAGAGGUUAUUGCAGAAAUCACUAUGGAAAAGGCAUCAAGAGAAGGCCAUUGGGUUAUUCUACAAAACAUCCACCUUGUAGCCAAGUGGCUGGGCAGAUUAGAGAAAUUGUUGGAAAAACAUAGCGAAGGAAGCCAUCCUGAUUACCGUUUGUUUAUGAGCGUGGAACCACCCAUGACACUCAAAGAACAUAUCAUACCACAAGGAAUUAUUGAGAAUGCUAUUAAAAUUACCAAUGAGCCACCAACAGGAAUGCUUGCAAACCUACAUGCUGCUUUGGAUAACUUUGACCAGAAUAUUCUUGAUCAGUGCACCAGAGAACAAGAAUUCAAAAGCAUAUUGUUUUCACUGUGUUAUUUUCAUGCCUGCGUGGCUGAACGCCGUAAAUUUGGCCCACAGGGCUGGAACAAACAGUACCCCUUUAAUUUCGGAGACCUUACAAUAUCUGUGAAUGUUCUCUAUAACUAUCUGGAAGCCAAUUCCCAGGUUCCAUGGGAGGACCUCCGUUACCUGUUUGGAGAAAUUAUGUACGGGGGUCACAUCACCGAUGACUGGGACAGAAGACUUUGCCGUACAUACUUGGAAGAGUACAUGCAACCCAAUCAGUUUGAUAGGAAGCUCGCUUUAGCGCCAGGAUUUGUGGUCCCCUCUAACCUUGAUUAUCAAGGUUACCAUAGAUACAUUGAUGAGAUGUUACCACCUGAGAGCCCAGUCCUUUAUGGCCUACACCCCAACGCUGAAAUUGAAUUCUUAACCGUGACUUCCGACAACCUCUUCCGUACCUUGCUUGAAUUGCAGUCAAGGGAUUCUAGAAAUGGAGAAGGAACCGCACAGACCGAAGAGGAAAAGGUAAAAAUAAUUUUGGAUGAAAUUUUAGAAAAACUCCCUGAGGGAUAUAACAUGUCGGAUAUAACUUCAAAAACAGCAGAACGGUCCCCAUAUAUUCUUGUCUGUUUUCAAGAAUGUGAGCGGAUGAACAUUCUGAUACAGGAGAUCAGACGUUCUCUGAAGGAACUUGACCUUGGCCUUAAGGGUGAGUUGGCAAUCUCCUCAGAAAUGGAGCAACUGCAGUCAGCGCUUUUCUUUGAUAAUGUCCCUCACACUUGGAUGAAACUGGCGUAUCCAUCCACAUACAGCCUGGCUCAGUGGUAUUGCGAUCUUCUCCUUCGAUGCCGGGAACUUGACACGUGGACUCAAGAUCUUUCUCUCCCAAGUGUCGUCUGGAUAUCAGGCUUUUUCAACCCCCAGUCCUUCCUCACAGCUGUCAUGCAAAGCUUAGCUCGGAAAAACGAAUGGCCUCUGGAUAAAAUGCAUCUGACCGUGGACGUCAUGAAGAAAUACAAGGAGGAAUUUUCUCAGCCUGCCAGGGAAGGGGCAUACAUAUAUGGUCUAUACCUAGAAGGUGCACGGUGGGAUGUACAGAACGGUCAUAUGGCAGAAGCAUGUUUAAAGGCUCCCAUUCCAGUCAUGCCUGUAAUCUUUGUGAGAGCUAUCCCAAAUGACAGACAAGAGACAAGAAACAUAUAUGACUGUCCAGUGUACAAAACAAAACUACGAGGGUCUACUUAUGUGUGGGCUUUUCAUUUGAAGACCAAGGAGAGGCCUUCAAAAUGGGCUAUUGCUGGCGUUGGUUUGCUCUUGAGCUUGUAAAACAUUUUUGUUCCUAGUUAUAUCAGCCGUGAGUAUUCAAUCUAAUCUUAUAAAGCACCAUGACGCAAAGAUUGAACUCUGCUAAAACU